UACUUCGACGCACGAGGCGCGGCGGAGGUCAUUCGCACGAUUUUUGCCGCGGCAAACGUCGAUUACGAGGAUUAUAGAUACACCUUCUCUAUGGAUGGGCCGAAGCCGCAGAUCUGUGAGCAGCACGGGCGUCUUCCUGUUCUCGAGGUCCAAGGCGAGAUGAUCGGGCAGAGCCGCGCGAUUGAGCGAUUUGUCGCCAAAGAUUUGGGACUCAUGGGCAAAGGGAAGAUAGACGAGGCUAAAAUCGAUGCGAUUUGCGAACAUGUGCGAGAUCUGCGGGACGCGUAUCAAAAAGCACGCGGUAAUCCGUUCGCGCCGCCGACGCCUGAAAUUGAAGAAGCGAUGGCGAAGUGGUACGAUGAGACGAUGAAGACGUGGAUGGGCAAACUUGAAUCCGUCGUCGGCGACCAAUGGUGCGUCGGAAAAAAGAUGUCACUCGCGGAUAUUGUGCUUUACGUCGCGUUAACGCAGGCCUUCUCCGAUGCGGAAAAGGCGGCGGCAUCGUAUGUCGACUGCCCCAAAGUGUCCGCCAUAGUCGACAAGGUAGGCGAAAACGCGGGCAUUCAAAAAUGGUUAGAAACGCGACCGGAGAACCGAUUCUAA